AUGGCGGGCCUGGAUCUAGGCACCGCCUCCCGCUUCGUUCACCAACUUCAACUCCGCCCUGACCUCCAUCUUCAGCACCACAACCCCGAAUCCUCCGAUGAAGAUCAAAAGAACAACGCCGGCGGAGAGAACAGUGGUGGUGAUGGCUCUGGACAGGGGCUCGAGUUAACCUCUUCCGGAGACUUAGUGGGCCGGCGGCCACGUGGACGCCCGGCGGGUUCGAAAAAUAAACCGAAGCCUCCGGUUAUCAUCACCCGCGAGAGCGCUAACACCCUCCGAGCCCAUAUCCUCGAGAUCGGCGGCGGCUGCGAUGUGUUCGACUGCGUCGCGUCUUACGCGCGCAAACGGCAGCGCGGCAUCUGCGUGCUCAGCGGCAGCGGCACCGUCACAAACGUCAUUCUCCGGCAACCGUCAUCUUCCGGCUCGGUAGUUACUCUCCACGGCCGGUUCGAGAUCCUAUCCCUAUCCGGUUCGUUUCUGCCGCCACCAGCGCCUCCAGGCGCGACAAGUCUCUCCAUAUUUCUGGCCGGAGGGCAGGGACAGGUAGUGGGGGGAAACGUAGUUGGGGCGUUAUACGCCGCCGGGCCGGUGAUCGUGAUUGCGGCGUCGUUUACGAACGUGGCGUACGAGCGGUUGCCACUCGAGGAAGAGGAGCCACCGCCGAUGCAAGGAACAGCUGGUACCGGUGACGGAAACAGCGGAGGCGGCAGCGGAAGCCUUGGUAAUCCAUUUCCAGAUCCGUCCGUGGCGGGGUUAUCAUUCUUUAACUUGCCGUUGAAUAUGGCGGGCCAGCUGCCGGUGGAGGGCGGGCAUGGGCCGUGGGCUGGUAACGGAACGAGUCGGCCGCCGUUUUAACUUCAAUUAGGGAAAGGGUUGAUGAUGGAUCAAUCGAGCUAAGAGGCUUUGGAAAAGGUAAGCGGUGAAAUUUAACCAUUUGAGCCAGUGUACUAGUAAUCCUUAGCCCCUCUUCCUUCUUCUUCUUCUUCUUCUUCUUCUUCUUCCAUAGCUCUUUGCUAUUUAUGCUUUAUUGUGGUUUAUAAUUUCAUGCUGUCUAUUCAGAAUAUGUCUAAAUUAAUACUUAUGAAAACUGCUGCUUGCAUGUUGUGUUCAGUGAAAACUACUCG